AUGGCGCCUCCGUCAUUUAAGAAGCGCAAGGUCGAAGAUGGAAUGAACGGCAGAACCGCGAGACCAAAAAAGAAGUUCAAGAAACAGCGGAUAUACCAUAGCAGCUCGGAAGAUGAAGGAGACCGUAACGAUGAAGGGUUUACGGCAGUCAAUCUGCAAGACUCUGAUAGUGAGAAGGAAGAGCGCUUAAGCAAAGAAUACCAGAAGCAAAAUAUUUUCGCGGACUCGGAUGAUGAAGAGCCAAUUGCUACGGCCACAGCUGAGAGAUCGCACCCACUACCGGACGAAGUUGCAUCGUCAGAAUCAGAUUCGUACGCUGCCUCUUCUGCCGCCUCGGCCUCCGGCUCCAACAUCGACUCGGACGAUUCUAUUUCCGGCACAGACCAGCCAAGAAGCACCCGCCAUAAAAAGCUCGAGAGCCGCGCGCUUGCGAAACUGCGGGCUGAGAAACGGGAAGUGCUGGAACGUGGACGGAUACGAGAUGUCCUGGGGGUAGAAAGGGGGGAGGCUGGCGAAACUGCGGAACAGGAGAAGCGACUGCGAAAGAUUGCUCAACGGGGUGUGAUUAAGUUGUUCAAUGCAAUGAGGGCGGCGCAGGUGCGAGGAGAGGAGCUCGUGAGGGAGGAGAGGAGGAAGAGGAGUAUUGUUGGCAUGGCAGAGCGGGAGAAGGCAGUCAAUGAGGUUAGCAAGCAGGUGUUUCUAGAUUUGAUUAAUGGGAAAGGGGGGAAGGGCUUGAAUAUCGAAGAGGCAUGA